CCAAUCACCCGAAUAGUCGUCGUAGAUUAUCAAAAAAAAUUUUCACUUUCUUCAUUAUGGCCAAUUGGGAAGUUUUUAAAACUCUCGAAGAUUUACAAGAAUUCUUAAAUUCUAAUAAUUACGAAAUUUUAUACCAAGGAAUUAAUAGAUUUAGACAGCACUUCAUUUACCCAAAGGAUAAAAAUAUCAAAGAAAUCGAUUCAAUUAACGAUCAAAAUGUAUCAAUAGCUUAUGAAUAUUUACAAAUUUCGCCAGAAUGUAAAGAAUUGUUUAGAAUAUGGGAUACGCAGUUGCAUGAUAAUUUAACACGACUAGAACUAUCAAUUCCUGACUUAUUUUCAAAAAUUAUAAAAUUUACAACAAUCACUCCUUCUUUAAAAUCUACUGGAACAAUUAUCAUUCAUAUUCGAACGUUAUAUGUUCGGUUCAUUUUGUCAUUCUUUGUACAUGGAAAUGCAAAAAUCAAGUCAAAUGUGUUAGAGAUUAAAGAUUUUGCAAGUUUGAUAUUUAAAGGAUUAUUGUACGACUCAUAUGAAUUCGUUGAUGAAGUGCUGAGAAAAGUUUACGACCAUAUAAUCCUUGACAAAGAUAUCAACCGAAAGAUAACAUUAUCAUUUUUCAACAACACUUGGCUUUUGAAUCAACUCCUACAUCUUUAUAAUAGGCGUGAAUCGGAACAACACGAAUCUGACAAAAUUGUAGCGAAUGUUGUUCAUCGAUUUUUGUUAUCAAUUUGUAGUACACCCGGUGUAGGUAUUUGCUUUCGUGAUGCGGGAUGGUAUCCAUUUAAUUAUAUGAAUAUAUCCUUAAAUGCAUCAAUUGGUGACACGGACCAACAUGAAAAUGAGAAGCAAACGAAAGUACAUAACAUAAUAUUAUUGCAAUUCACUAAAUCAUUAAAACCGACACAAGAUUUACGCCAACAAGAUCUUUUGUUGAAAAUUUUGGAAGCAUGCCCAGAAUUGGUUAAACCACAUUGGAAAACUUCGAAUAUUUCUUUUGAACCUAAACUUUCAUAUAAGUGGCUGGCAAAUGUGACUAUGCUCCAUAAGAUAAUAGCACUUCCCGUUCCUUCAUUUUAUAUCCCCGGUACACAGAUUUACCCAGAAAAUCCUCCAGAGUUAAAUACUAUCUUGGACAAUAUACUUCCAAGAAUUUUUGAUCAAGAUUCUUUGAUAAAAUGUCUUAAUUUUUCCAGUUCAUUAAUCAGAUAUAAGACCAUGAUUGUUUUAUGUUUGGCAUUUCAAAAAUUGAACACAGUUGUGCAUUCAAUUAAAAAGGCAAUUAAUUACCUAGAUAAUUUGGUUAAUGAGGAUCGAAUUAUUCAAAGAGGACUAAGCAAGAAAGAAGCGGUUUCAUCGAAAUGGAAUCUGACAAUUGAUUCAUUAUAUGAAGAAAUGAAGCAUAGAAUACCUGAUAUUCAAAUUCUUCUUAACUUGUACUACGAAAUUUUGGAAAAGGAUAAGGGAUUGUCAUCUAAUAUGAUGGACAAUGAGGAUAGUGAAGAACUUAUCAGGAAUAAUCUGAUGCAUGAAUGCGUUUUAAAAUCAAUCAAGUUUUAUUAUCUCUGUUUUCCUAAAAUGAUGAUGGAAGUAAAGUUGAACGUCGACAAUUUGAUUCCAACGGAUUUUCAGGAAUCACAAGUAGGACUUCAAUUAAAUAUGAUGGAAUUAUUGUUGCUGAUUGCUAAAUCUAAUUGGUCAAUAAAUUCAGAAUUUAAUCAGCUUCAAAGACUUUUAAAAUUGUAUUUGACCACACCAUAUUUACAAAUUCGUUCUAUUACACAACGUGUACUUGAACAGUUACUUUCCAAUUCUAUAACUUUCCAACAUGAUCCAGACGAAGUUUCGAUUUGGCUGGACUCUUUACCUCGAAUUUUUCCUGAAAAUGCAAAUGUUGAAAAAUUCAAUGGUCAAGCAACUGUUUUGAAAUUUUUUGACAAUUGUUUUGUAUCGUUUCUUAAAAAUCCUGACACAUAUAUUGAUGAUUUAAGUCAAGUAAUCAAUGAUAUAAAUGAUAGGAUGGAAAGUUUUGAAGAUACUGGAAUAAUGAAAGAGAACGCUUUUGUGCAGCAAUUCUUGAUUUCUCGAGAUGGUCCAAAAUUUUCAAAUACUUCUUAUCCAUUUAGUCCGUUAUUAGUAACGCUUGUAAAAAGCUAUGAGUGUGUUACGGAGAAUAAAGCCGCCGUCGCAUCGUUCUUACAUAUAUUAUUCAAAAACCUAUUUACCAAACAAUUAUUCACAUAUUAUCUAGAUGAAUAUAUUGAACGAUUGGAAAGAAAUGUUAGGUUUAAAAAUAUCGAAUUUCUUGAAUAUAUAGGAAAUUGGGAAGUCGAUGAAUUCUUUUCAAGCUUGAAACGUAUUUCAAGCCAGUAUAAAAAUCCAACCGAAAGGUCUUUAAGUGUUGAUAAAAUGAUUGACAUCCCGGUUAUAAUAAAUGGGGUGGAACAAGGGGAUCUCAAUCAAAAUUUUAUGAAAGCCGAGAAAGUCUGUUUAGAGAUAUUGAAAGGUAAAAGGAUAUGCGAUUUAUUGAAUUUUACAUUUCAUUUUCGAACUAAACUUAUAUCAUUAUUAGACAAAAAUCCUGAUAUAUACAAAGCAAGAUCUGAAUUUCUCGAUAUGCUUUAUGUGUUACCUGUACCAAUUUUUGAAAGAAAUUUACCGGAGAUUUUAUGUUACGGUAAAAAUGUUUUAGGAUGGGCAAAGUUUGAACCUAUUUUGGAAUAUAUUCAUGAACGAUAUCCAAGUUCGGGUAGUUUGUUCAAUGUUCGAAUUAUUAAAGAAGCUAUUAAUGCUUAUUUGUUACCUUAUUCUGGAAAGAAGGAUAGUGAUUCGACUCAUAACACUGCUGAAGAAAGUGAAAUAAGUUUACUCAUUGAGUUGUUAGAUUUGACGCCUUUCUCUAUUUUUUUUGACAAUUCAUUCCCUUCCCAUUUGAUGGAUAAGAACAUUGGUGUUCUUCUAAAUAAAUCUUUGCAGUCUAUACCUCUACAAAAUAUUUUACACACUACGAGACAGAUUUUGUUUGCUACAAAGACAUUGUUAUCUGUUCCUUGCUAUAAUUUGAAACAAGGAUUGCAAACAUGCUUAAAUCUUUUAAAGACUAUUAUUGAAAGAGUUACUGAAGAAACGGAAGACGAUGAUGACACAUCAAAGAUUUUUGAUGAUAUAAUAAAUUUGAUAUUAGGAUUGAAAGAUUUAUUGACUCUCUUCUUGAUAAGUGUACUUGAAGGUCAAAAUUUGGAUUUUGACUCUAUGAAAUAUUAUUUUAUUUUGGACGAAUAUAUUGAGAAUGUAAUAUGGAAGGCACGUAGUGUAGAGGCUUUACGUCGUCUUCUACCAUUCAAGAGUAAGUUAUUUGAUCGACUCUUAUGCAUGACAAAUUCAGACAAUUUGCAUAUAGAUGGAAACAAGUUAUUAUACAAUAAGAUGUGUAUACUUUGUUACAAGUUCGACAAUUUUUGGAAUGAAGCGGAAAUAUUUCAGCUUUUCUCGAGCCUUUUAGAAUCUAAGUUCUACAAUCUUUUAUUAAAUGAUUAUGUUAAUCUCACUGGUCAUUAUAAAACAUUACUUUCAUAUUUAGUUAACAAAUUAUCCUGUGCUUUAUUGAUCACAAAAACUAAUGAAGAAAUUUUGAUGGAAUUUUUCUCAUGCCAUGUAAUUGAGAUGGAUUCCAUAAUUUUACAAAUUAUUGAGAAAUAUUUGCCGCCUGGAAUAGCUAAAGACAAUAAUUCUUUGUCAUAUUUCUCAGAACGACAAAACUUUCAUCCUUUACCAAGUAAAUGUGUGGAAAUAGCUCGAUAUUUUUUGGAUAAUUUAAAUAACAAUCGUGCUAAAAUCAUUGGAUAUUUCAUGUUGUGCAACUCGGAAGUUAGAAAGUUAUUUGUUAAUUGGAUUUUAAAUCAUCAGAAUUUAUCAGAAAGAAUUGCUAGUCCGGAUAUGAUAAUUUUGGUGAAUUCAUUGUUAGAGAUCAUUUCUACAAAUCAUAUGGAUUUUAAAUAUUCCCGAGUGAAUUGGACAAAAUUUGCAAGAGAGAAUGAUAAGAAAUCAAUUCAUAAAAUAUCUGAAUUGUUUGCGUUGAAAUUCUUUCAAAGUAUCUCAAAAUCAAUGGCACAAGAAAAUCCAUCGAUUUAUGCUUUAGUAACUUGUGCAUUAUUGAAUUUAAGUCCUUCUCAGCAAGUUCUUGAUACGUUAGAUAAUGAUAUAAAAAAUAAUUCCCCUUCAGAUUUAUUUAAUUUGGAUUGUCUUCAUAUAAUAGAAUGUUACCUUGUGGGUAAUUUUCAUUAUUAUAAUGAUGAAUUAAAGAAAUUUAUUUCAAAUUAUUUACAUUAUGCAACAUUAUUUAUCGAAAAAGAUGAAUAUAAGAAAUAUAGUAUUAACGUUAUACAAACAGUUUUUAGCAAAAUUGAUGUGCUAAUAAAACUAGUGGUACCAAAAUGUUCAAAUCUGGAUGCAAAUAUUAUUGGUGAAUUUAUUUUUGUGCUUAUGGAAAAGAAAUUUGAAGAUCCAAUAAUCUUAAACUGUGUCAUUUCAUUAAUCACAUAUGCUUACGACAAAAAGGAUGUUUUUGGCCCUUCAUUGGAUAGGGUUAUCGAAGCUAUAAUAAAUAACUCUCAAUUUAAAAUUUUGGCCAAUCCAUCAGAACCGUCAUGUAAAUCAAUUGAUUCUCCAUCAUUUAUAAGGAGACUAACAGUAUGUCAUUUGCUCCACACUUUAUAUCGUAUGAACUCUAAAGAAUGUUGCAAAACAUCAUAUUUGAGUUCACUUUUAUCAAUUUACAACGCAACAACAUCAAUAUCAGAUCAAUUAUUAUUAGAUAUUUUUAUAUUAUAUGAAAAAACUACAAAAUCUUCAAUUGUAUCCUCUGCAAUGAAAUGGGGAACAAGUUCAUCACCAAAUAAACAACAAGUAGAUAAGAGAGGAUUGAUUAUGGGACAACGAAUUUUAGUUGAAACAUUGGAAUUAAUUGAUCCAAUAAUUAUGAUGAGAAGCUUUACACGUUUUCCAAUCGAUAAGGAAUUGGAAAUUAAUUAUAAUAACCUUAAAGAAUUUUUAUUAUUUGAUAAAAAAAAUGCCAUUUCAAUAACAAUUUUUGAGAGAGACACACCUGUUUAUGAUCCUUCUUAUUAUUUACCAUUAUUUGCAAAUCUAUUAUCAUAUGGUAAUUUAUUGGAUUGUAGAAAAUUCAUUGAAAUUAAUGCUUUGGGUUAUAUUGUUGUCGCCACAUCAUCUUUGAUUACUAAUGUACGCAAAGCUGCAUAUUAUCUAUUGGAUGAAUUCUACGUUUUAUUAGAGCACAUAAAUUUUCGAGAAAAGAGUCAAAUACUCUUACUUUUAAAUUCACUCAAGAAUUCAAUAACAAAUCGUGACAAUGACGGAGAUGAAGAUAUACAAAGAAUUCCAACGAUAAUAGCUAUAUUCAUAGCACAUUCAUUAAGUAUACUCAUAAACCCGGGACAUUUUAUGUAUCCUCUUAUUAAUAAAUUUUUAUUACAAAGACCAUUUUUGGAUUUAGAAGACAUACCAAUGUUUUAUAAUUUAUUUCAUUCUUCUACUGAGAAUUUUCAAAAAGAAAGAGUUUGGAUUUUAAGACUUUUAUCUGCUGGACUAAAAACUCAUGAUGAUUAUAAGAUAUUUAAAAGAAGAUAUGUUUGGGAUAUAAUAUCUGGCUAUUAUAAUUCUCCAUUAGCAGACAAUAUUACACGAAAGCUUGUUAUUGAGAUCUUAUUCCAGGCAGCCUCGAUACCGAAAGUUAUUACAGAUAUGAUAAAAAAUCGGGGAUUAUUAACGUGGUUGCAUCAUUUAUGCAUUUCACAGCAAAUUCCGUCCUCAUCAGCUUCACGAUCAUUAUUUGAACAAUCAUUAUUUGGACCGAGAAUUUUAUUAAGGGUUUUGCAAGGAUGUAAAAAUUCGACUUUACAUUGGUCAAACGGUGCUUUAAUUAAACAAUCUAUUUGUAUUUUAACUGGGUUAUUAAAAUCAUUAGAGGAUAUUAACCUUGUUAAAAAGGAAACAUUAUCUUGGGCACUCAAUUAUUUAAAUUCAAUUCUUAGAGUUUUUCAUUACUUAACAUUAAUAUCUCUUGCUCCUAAUAAUAUUUUAUCGUCAUAUCAUGCCUCAAUUAUUAUUCCCUUUCUUGAAAAGUGUGAAAUUCAAUUAAAGACUUUAGCUAUCAUGGAUAAUAUAUCACAUCCAAUAGAAAUACAGUAUAACUACCAUCCUUCUUUAACCGAUAAUUUAGAUGUUCUUUACACAAUGAAUCAUAAUGUAACCGAAAUGUAUCAGGAAAUAAUUAGAAUGUUGUUUGAGAUGAUUAUUUAUGAUGAUGAAUUUGAUGACAACUUGGUGAAAAAAAUUAUAGGGAGAGCUUUAUGCUAUAAUGUGACUAUAGAAGCAAAGAAAUGGGUUAUUGAAUGUUUAGCUAAUGAUAGAAAAGAAGAUGGCAUUGAUUAUAUGGACAUUGACAAAUAA